AGUCGAAAUUCGAGCACUUGGCGCAUCUUAUGUUCGUCGGGUGAACUUUCUUCAUUGUGAAUGAAAAUAAAAUUCUGUGUUUACCUUCUUUUCAUAAUUUUUUUUUAUUUCAAUAACUUCUUCACCGGUUUUUCCUUGUAGCAUUUAUUGCUUCCCCAGCUAUUUAACAACCGUCACUGAUAGGUGUCGCUUGAGACGGUGGCAUGAAAUUCGAACCGUCAUUGGUGAUGGAUCCACAAAACGGGCAAUAGGUGAGAAUAUGGCAUCUCAUGUGUUUGUGUUGGUGAUAAGUCGUCAAAACGAGGAAAAGUUAUCAAUCGAAGAUUUUGUUCAAGUUUUUCUACUCUGAAAUCAACUAAUUUGUUCCCCUUCAAGUGAGCAAAUCGCAGUCUGUAAUUCUAACUUUUAUUCGUAAAACCUGGAAGACGUGCGAGAGCAGUUUUUGGGGUGAUAAUUUGAAUUGUUUUUGGUGAAGUUAUGAGUGGAAGCUGGCAGCAGGAGGUGAAGGUGUAAACCAAACAACGGACGGAUCGAACGGGAAAUUAUGAUUAUCCAAGAGCCUGUUCAGGCAGCCAUCUGGCAUUGCUUGAAUCAUUACGACUACCAGGACGCGAUAUUCCUCGCGGAGCGACUCUGUGCUGAAGUGGAAACAGAUGAAACCAUAUUCAUUUUGGCUACUUGUUACUAUCGGGCCAGUAAUUUACAUCAAGCCUACUGGCUUCUGCAUACAAAAACGCCUCGAUCACCACAGUGUAGAUAUUUACUUGCAAAAUGUGCCUUUCGACUAAAAAAGUUAUCAGAGGCGGAAGCGGCACUUUCGAAUGUAAACUUUGGCGAAUUGAAAAAUUUUGACGAUCUCAGUAAGGAAUUUGGUGAAGUGGCAUGCUUUGCGCUACAAUUGAUAGCGAAGAUAUGUGCAAAGACUGAGCGGUACACUAUUGCAGCGGAAGCAUAUAAGAAGGCUUUAAAGUUAAACCCUUUUUUAUGGCAAGCAUUUGCUGAUCUGUGCAAUUUCGGAGAGAAAGUUGACCCGAAUGCGAUUUUUCAGUUUCCAAAUACGGACAUCUUCAAUACUUGCCAAGGAAAUAAUUCGAACUCAAUGGUACUUUUUGGAUUAGGAGGAUAUCCAGAUACGUGUAUAACGGCUGGUGCCGAUACAGUGAGUAACAGUCAAAAUAGUUGUAAUUACAUUUUGUCAACGCCGGUCGAUCAAAUGUCAUCUAAUUGCGCGAACCUCGUGACACCAAAUAAUAAUCUAAACAACUCGUCGAUUGGUGUACUAUGUGGGGGAAAUUUUUCAUAUAACGGAGAUGAAAUCCAAAUGGAAAGAAGUUAUUUCUGUGACAGUAUAAAUAGUAACAGUUACGGUGAAGUGACACCGUUUAGAAAGCAAUUCAAAUACCUUUCAAAAAUGGGUCCACUGACUCCGAGUUUUGGUGUUCUGCCCCUUAGUCCUAGUGAAACCUCAGUUGCAAAUCUUUCAAGUUCGCCUAUACCUCAGACGCUGGUCGAAGCCAAUCAAGAGAAAUCAAUAGGAAAGAAGUUGAAGGGUCACGUAGGUAACAUUAUUAGCCGAAAAGACACACCACUUCAAAAUUCGAAGCCGGCAGUUUUUACUCAGACUGGUAAUAUUACGCCUCGUGGUCCAAAUACGAUAACGGCACAAUUAGCAGGUCAGAAUGUCCGCCGUAGCUCUAGAUUAUUUAGUAACAACUAUUCCGUGAAGGAAAAUAAUAAAAGCCCAAAUAUCAACAAGUUCCCACCACCGAAGUCGCCGCAACGCAGAAAUAAGCCGCGGAUCAAAAUUUCAAUGAAUAAUGAAAUCAAUGAAAAGGAUAAAAAGGAGAAGGAAAAGAUAGAGACAAUAACAUCGAACGACAGCAAAGUUCUGCUUAAUAAUACGCUUAAUAGUGCCCAGACUAUGGCGCACCACGUACUCUCGUUGAAAAAGCAGAGUGCGGAAGGGCUGAUGGCAUUGCUUCGCGAUUUGGGACAAGGCUACCAACAUCUAGCACAAUUUAAUUGUAAGGAAGCGAUUAGUAUUUUUCAAGCAGUUCCAAAGCAUCAUUUUCGAUCGAGUUGGGUUCAAAGUAUGAUAGCUCUUGCCUAUUACGAACAACGGGAGUAUGAAGCAGCUGCAAACAUUUUUAGAGAAAUUCAUGAAAAUGAGCCAAAUCGCCUGGAUUACAUGGAAAUCUAUAGUACAGCACUGUGGCAUUUGCAGCGAGAGGUAGCAUUGUCUGCAUUAGCGCAAAGUGUUAUGGCUUUAGACAAAAACUCACCUAUUACUUGGUGUGUUGCAGGAAAUUGUUUUUCUCUGCACAAAGAACAUGAAACGGCGAUUAAAUUCUUCAAGAGGGCGGUCCAGGUCAAUCCUAAUUUCGUCUACAGCUAUACACUUUUAGGACAUGAACUUGUUAUAACAGAGGAGCUCGAUAAAGCCCUAGCGUACUUCAGAACGGCGAUCAUGAAGGAUCCUCGUCAUUACAAUGCAUGGUUCGGAAUCGGUACAAUUUAUUCGAGGCAAGCGCGCUAUGAGUUAGCUGAGCUACAUUAUCGGCAGGCAUUGAAAAUUAAUCCUAAAAAUUCGGUAAUUAUGGUUCAUAUUGGAACAAUGCAAUUCUUCUUGCAAAAAACAGAUCAAGCACUGCAAACUCUGAAUGCUGCUAUAGAAAUAGAGCCGAAAAAUCCGCUUUGUAAAUUUCACCGUGGUUCGAUGAACUAUUCACUGGGAAAACACCAAGAAGCGCUGAAGGAGUUGGAAGAAUUGAAGCAGAUUGUGCCAAAAGAAUCAGUUGUGUUUUACUUCAUUGGAAAAAUUCAUAAAACUUUGGGUAACGUAGACUUGGCACUGAUGCAUUUUAGUUGGGCGACUGACUUGGAUCCGAAGGGUGCCAACAAUCAGUUGAAGGACGCAUUCGAUUCUAUUAACCACACCCCUGGGAAUGAUUUGAACGUAGAAACAGACCUAGAGCCUAUUUCCGAGAGAAGCGACGAUUCAACGCAAGCUCAAAUCGAACAGGACCCGAGCUAUGAUAGUGAUACGUAUUGAACUCUGAGUGAUUAAACUGAAGAUAAAUUAGAGUACUAUGUAAAAAGAAUGCACUAAUAACAAAUAGCUAAAAUUGUAAAGGAGUAAUUAAUAAACAUUUAAACAUAAAUAUCAUAAUUUUUAAAGAACGGAUUCAGCACUGAAAUCUAUAUUUAAAAACGAAUUACUUUUGUGAUCACUUCUCAUCCUAUCUUAAUUUCGCUGUUUUUCAUUUUAUGUGCGGACAUUGUCUGGAAAUUUAAAUGAUAAUUGAAAUUAUUAAUGGAAAAUUGUCGAGAAUAGCAAACUAUCUGGAACGCUGUAAAUUGUUAUUGAAACUACAAAUAUAAUUUAAAUUAAAAUAGCCGUUCUUUUCAUGUUAUAUUUCGCCACGAGGAAAAGAUAAAUUGUAAGAUUACACUUUAUUUUUAAGCUAAGUGGAUGCUUGCUCGACAAGCGUCGAGAUGGACUGUGUGUUCAAUAAAAAUAAAUUUAAAAAGGUAAUUGUCUUAAAGAGAA